CCGUUUUUUCCCUCCUUUUUCUCCAGUUGACUGACGCCCUAAACCCUACUCCGGCGGAGAGAGGAAGCCUGGUUAGUUUGGCGUGUAGAGAGCGAGGGAGAGAGUCUGGCGACGUCACGGUUGAACCGAUUUCCCGGUGGUUUGCUGUUUGUUUUCCGGUCGAUCGCUAGCUCGGUGGGCAUCCGACCUGACGUAGAGAAGAGGAUUCAUGCAGCUCAUCGUGUUGUUGUUUUUGUCCAUUCCUUGUCUGGCAUGGGCGAUCCAUGCGAAAGGAAGAAUGUUACUACGAAGCCGAAGAACCUUCAUGACGACUCCGCUGGGUACAGGAUCCUCAAAGAAGGGGAGGCGGAGAUUCUAAUACACAGGAACGAUGUAUUCUACAACAAAGCGCAGGUAGUUAACAGGGAUUUGUCAAUAGCAGUGUUAAGGACGUACGUAGACAAACGUAAUGAAGAGCAUAAAGUUAGGCGUUGCGAGGAAGUUGCUGCAAAGAUCGCAUCAGCAGAUGGCAGGCUGGAACGAACAUCAGAUCACGAAGUUUCACCUCUCAAUGAAGAAAAAAUCAAAGGACACGAAGAUCGACAAGCCUUGUCUAAUAUCAAACAAGGUGAUGACUCUGAUGCUACAGCUCGAGGGAACAGGGAAGUGAAGGAAGCAAAACCACUUAAGGUUUUAGAGGCUUUGGCUGCCUCUGGAUUAAGAGCACUGAGAUAUGCACGUGAAGUAGAAGGGCUUGGUUCAGUUAUAGCUAUUGAUAAUGAUAAAGUGGCUUUUGAAGCUUGCAAACAGAAUAUAAAGCUGAACGGCUCUUUUGCUUGCUCUAAGGUUGAGCCAGAACUUGCAGAUGCUAGGGUCUAUAUGCUUACUCGGCCAAAAGAGUUUGAUGUGGUUGACCUUGAUCCUUAUGGAUCUCCUUCAAUAUUCCUGGAUUCAGCAGUUCAGUCUGUGGUAGAUGGGGGCAUGCUAAUGUGCACAGCUACUGAUAUGGCUGUUUUAUGUGGGAAUGAUGGAGAUGUCUGCUAUUCCAAAUAUGGUUCAUACCCUUCGAAAGGGAAAUACUGCCAUGAGAUGGCUCUAAGAAUCCUCCUUGCAUGUAUUGAGAAUCAUGCAAAUCGCUACAAGCGUUACAUUGUCCCUGUUCUUUCAGUCUCAGUUGAUUUCUACAUACGGGUAUUUGUUCGGAUAUACACUUCUGCUAAUGCUAUGAAGAGUGCUCCUCUUAAGCUCUCAUAUGUCUAUCAGUGUACUGGAUGUGAUUCAUUUCACCUGCAACCUCUUGCUCGAACUGUUAGUAAGCACAAUAGUGUUAGAUAUGCACCGGCUUAUGGUCCUGUUGUACCUCAAGAGUGCAGUGAUUGUGGGAAAAUAUUCAACCUGGCUGGGCCUAUAUGGUCAGCUUCAAUUCAUGAUCAGGAGUGGAUUUCAUCCAUCUUAUCAAAUGUUGUAUCAUUGAAGGAUCGAUACCCAGCAUAUGAAAGGAUAUCUGCUGUUCUAACCGCAAUAUCUGAGGAGCUGCUUGAUGUUCCGCUGUAUGUCAGCCUACACAGCCUGUCUGCCACCCUCAAAUGCGAAUCUCCUUCGGCAGUUAUGUUUCGCUCUGCGGUCAUGAAUGCUGGGUAUCGCAUGUCGGGGACUCAUGCUAAUCCGCUAGGACUCAAAUCAGACGCCCCAAUGAGCGUCAUCUGGGAUAUAAUGCGCUGCUGGGUCAAACUUCAUCCAGUCAAAUCUCGACCAUCAGAUCAACCUGGAAGCGUGAUCCUGGCCAAGGAGCCCACCAUCCAGGCGAAUUUCGCUCGUUUGAAAUGUUCGAACGGAGGAAAAGAUAAGAAGAAGGCGAGGUUCCUGCCCAACCCUGAAAGCCAUUGGGGACCGAAGCCGAGGGCUGGCCGGCAGAUAAAGAGCAAGAACGCAUCCUUGUUCUUAGGGCCAGACCGAGUCAAUCGUCUCAAGGUGCUGGACAACCCAGAUGAGCCUGAGACGGGUGUUGAUCCGAAGGAGAAGAGACGGUUCCUCAGCUCGAUAAAAGAAUACACCACCAGCGCAGAGGCCUGAAAUUUUCUCACUCCAUGGUGCUGUUUUAUUUUGUUCUUGUAAACGUUUUGCUCUAGAGUUAAGAUUUUGUAAAUACUUUUAAGCCUUUAAGGGUGACUUUCAUCA